AUGGUUGAUCUUGCACAUCUUGUGGCAACUCGAGAUCAGGAAUUACGAACACUUUCUGCUGAGGUGAAUCAACUCCAUUCUGAGCUUACUCUGGCUCGAUCUCUGAUCUCUGAGAGAGAUAGAGAGAUACAACACGUCCGGAAUACCAAUAAUCAGUAUGUGGCAGAAAAUGAGAGGCUAAGAGCCAUUCUCGGAGAAUGGAGUAUGCGAGCGGCAAAGCUUGAACGAGCUCUGGAGGUGGAGAGGAUAUCAAAUCUUGAUCUGCGGAAGAAAGUUUCGGCUCUCAGAGAGCAGAAGCAGAUAUAG